AUGACAUCAACCAAGCUGCUCUGCAUUGUGGCUCUCAGCCUCACUGUUUUCACCAUUGCAGCCAUGGCCAACGGCAACUAUGAUGACAAGUAUGAUGACAAGCACUGUGACAACAAGGGGCUGUGCAAGGGCAGCUACUGGCCAGAUGGCAAGGGCUGCUGCCCAAAGAUCAUCCACGGCAAGGCCUACUACUUUGACAGCAACAAGUGCUACCCCAAGGACUUCAGCUGCAGUGUCUACUACGCUGAUGGCCACAGGUACUACCCAGAUGAGAAGGGCAACUACACCAAGGAUGGUGAGGACUGUGAUGAUGAGGGCAAGUGCCACAAGUACUGCAUCUGUCCAGAGCACGAUGACAACUGCCACAAGAGGUCAACCACCAGGAAGCACCACCACACCACAUCAACCACCAAGGAGUGCCCCAAGGAGACCACUACCACAAAGAAGCAGACCACCACGCCCAAGGAGACCACUACCACCAGGAGGGAGACCACCUCAACCAGGAAGGAGACCACCUCAACCAAGAAGCACCACACUACCUCAACCACUGAGGAGUGCCCCAAGGAGACCACCUCAAUGAAGAAGCACUACUACACCACUAGUGAUAAGUAUGAUGACAAAAAGAAGCAGUGCCACAGCAGCCAGUGGAGCAACAACAACAGAUGCUGCCCACACAAGAUCAGCCACCAGUGGUACUACCGUGACGCCCACAGCUGCUACCCAGUCAAGUGCAAGUGA